AUGUCGAUUUACCAAGGUUAUCGCACAAUGUCCAGCGACACUUUGGUCGGGUUGCACGGUAACAACAGCAAAGUUGACUUGGACACGCCCACGACGAAUGGAGACAGCAUGUUCAAUUUGCAAUUGGUGCAGAAUCCGAAAACAGGGAGCUCAAUUGCAAACAAUUUGACUGGAAACACAUUGCAGACGUCUUCGAAAUCGGUGGAACCGGAACGGCAGGCACUAACAGAGUCGAGUUUUCUGGAGGACAUGCUUUAUAGUGGAAAUUCCGUCAAGGAAGAACUGCAGGCUUAUAAAGACACCUUAAGACCGCGGGAGCCGGCAAGCUCGCUUUUUCAAAUCCAAGAAAACCGCCGACUGUCCAUUUCGGAGUAUCACAGCGCAAAACCCGUGUAUUACUACGAAUACGAAUUUUUCGAAAAAGGCUUGGCAGUAGGUCAGGGUGCAGAAGGAGAGGAAGAUGAGGAAGAUGAAGAUGAAGAGGACGAGGAUGACGAAAAAAUCAUGGUUACCGACGAUGAGGGUCCAGAAUUGUUUCAAUUCUCGCCCCGCCGACAGGGUCGCAAGGAUUCCGUUUUCAGCGAUUAUGGUGACGAAAUGGCCAUGAACGUACCGGAAACCACUGUCCUGGGGUCAGUUGUGGCUCCACAACAGCCUUUUACUUUGGAAGACGACAAUGGCCCGGGUUCAAUUCGUCUUUCAAGCAGCGACGGCCAGUACAAGAAGAAAGUCAGGGACUACUUCAAAAUCAAUUUCUUCGCAGGCGAAAGAAGGGUUACCGAAGCAUUGGUAAAUCCGCAACUUCUCGGCGGCGGUCCGCAACCGUCUCUGAAGAAAAAAUACUUCUGGAGUCGAAAACGCACGGUUCCUAUUUCCGCUCGGUCUCAUCAUCUCGACGAUGGCGGCCCCGUCGUGAAUCCUUCCAAGUUGCACACUUCCGGUAGCCUGGAGAAUCACUAUAGCCUGGCAAGUUCUGGCACAACGCUUGGGAGCUCAGAAAACUCACAAAGUCCACCAGAGUUGAGCGUAGAAGCUGGACUUGUCAAAAAAAAGCGACUUGGGAUUCCCAAGACUCGUGGACGAAAACCUUCCCCAAUUCUGGACUCCUCAAAGCAUUUCGCAUGCGAAUUUUGCGAUAGACGAUUUAAACGGCAAGAACACUUGAAGAGGCAUGUUCGGUCAUUGCACAUGGGUGAAAAACCGUUUGGAUGUCACAUCUGCGGUAAAAAAUUUAGCAGAAGUGAUAAUCUCAAUCAGCACGUCAAGACCCAUCAGGAAGGAGAGUCCUCAUGA